UGAACAUUUGUGAGUAUAUAUCUAUCGGUAAUUACACACGGUGCAAAUGACAACCAGUCAUAUUUCUAUUGAAGAUUUUAUGUACGUCGCUCGUAUAUAUACAAACAUAUAAUAUAUACAUAUUUCCAUAGUAAGAGUCCAGUGGGCUGUAGUGAAUAUUUAAUUGCCGACAUCGCUAGGCCUGUCGCCAUAGUAACCUAAGCAGAUCCCAAUUAAUUCAAGCACGUGCAUGCUCAUCUACCGGUAUGGAUCCCGAUAUCAAGAAGAAACUGGUACUUCAAUCAUGCGAAGCCGGUGAUAAGUUCUCAACGACCUUCUACAGUAUGUUUGACACGGAGAGACACAAAGUCGGGCAUCUGUACAACGAAGAUGCAACGCUCAUAUGGAACGGGCACGCCCUGAGCGGCAAGAAGGAUAUUCAGGCAUUUCUAAUGGAGAAGGUCCCGUCAACGAGGACCGUUAUAACGGAUGUCGACUGUCAACCGGCUCCAAGUGUGUGCGGAGAUGAGAGCACUCUGUUGGUGACUGUGGUGGGUAAAGUAAAGUACGACACAGAGGAUGUGCCGUUCCCCUUCGGAGAGACCUUCAUAAUGUCCAAGCAACAGGAUGGAAGGUACCUGGUGCGGAGUAACAACUUCCGGUGUAUGGUGGCCUAGAUCUUCACCGAUUAUCCCGCUAAAAGGCUCAAUUUAGUGCUCGGACCCCCAAAAAAUGGUAUCUCCAAACCUAAAUUCAGGACAAGGGUCUUGAAUUUAGCCUAAUAUUGAGACGUCCUAGCUGGACCGAAAUUUUGCAUCUCCAACGGACGCUUUUACAGCUUCUUAUCGAGAUGUUUUAGCGGUCCCGAAAUCUGGCAACCAUCUGGAUUCAUGACCAGGGUCUCGAUUACAGCUUAUUAUCGAGAUUUCUAGACGGACUGGAGCUUCCAUAUGAUUUUAUUUAAUCUAGUAUAUAUGCACCCUUAUGAUUAUAAUCAUAUAUAGAAGCUUUCUCGGCUACAGCCACAUACCAUUGCAUUCCUUAUCAAGUACUUGAUGACAAGCAUCCUUCCAGUACACUAAUGGCGAAACCCGUGAUAGCAGACAAUCACAGCAGGGUUAAAAUUUGCGAUCUGACGACAAUAAAACUAGUUAAAAACGUAGC